CACAUCUUGGCAACGGCGAUGCGACCUAAACCCAGGCACAUAGUGCUUUGAGAAUGCACUGUAACCUCGUACAUGUACAUUGAGCAUGGGCUCUCAGGGAGUUUGGUGCAGUCGGCGUCCGAAAACGAGCGUUAUCUUGUCCAAAUCCCAGCGUCAACAAGUGACAGGAUGUCCGCGAAACCGCGUAUCUACGAGAUGUAAGGAAGACAAUGACCUGCAGAUACUUAUAUCAAGGCUUGGGUGGCAUGGCCAUGGGAACGCACUACGGAUGAGAGCAUCGAGAUCUUCACUCCCCUACGAACAUCUGCUUGCGCGGCGUCUAGACGACAAUGCGGCUGUUCGCACUCUCCCUUGCACUCCCGCUUGUCAAAGCAGGGAGUAAUCCUACGCUGGAAAGUCGUCAAAACAUCGACUUCGAAGACAAUAAUCGACCUAUCUCAAAGAGCUUCAUCGUGGAGUUUACGCCAGGCUCGAAUCAGCGACGGGAUGGGCUUGCGUCGACCGAUGGUGUCACAGUCGUAAAGACCUACAACAACAAAGUCUUUACGGGUGCAAGCGUCGAGACGGAGAACCACACUCUCGACUCUUUGUCAAGUCUUCCUGACGUUGUCAAUGUUUGGCCCAAUGUGGCAGUUAAGCUCGACCCUGUGGAAAGCAAGCGUCUGGUCCAAGGCGAGGAUGUGGCGUACACAACGCACAAUGCUACCGGUGUCUCCAAGUUGCACGCACAGGGUAUCUUUGGAAAGGGGGCCAAAGUUGGCGUUGUUGAUACCGGUAUUUGGUACAAACAUCCCGACCUCGGCAAUGGCUUUGGGCCAGGCUUCAAAGUAGAGCGGGGCCAUGAUUUUGCUGGUGAUGGACUGUGGCCAUAUGAGGGCGAGAAGGAACCCGAUGAGGACCCACUCGAUCAACAGGGUCACGGUUCUCAUGUUGCGGGGAUAGUUGCAGCUAAAGGUGCUGGAUGGUCCGGAGUUGCCCCCGAGGCAACACUUUACGCCUACAAGAUAUUUUCGCAAUACGGGUUCACAGAUACUGCAACAAUUCUGGAAGCAUUCUUCCGCGCCUAUGAUGAUGGAGUGGACAUCAUCACAGCUAGCGUUGGCUCCAAUAUUGGAUGGGCCACAGAGGCCUGGUCAGUAGUUGCAUCGCGAUUCGUAGAUGAAGGCAUCGUUACCGUCGUUGCAUCGGGCAACGUGGGCACAGUCGGACCGUUCCUGAGCAGCACCGGCGCGACUGGCAAGAACGUUCUUGCUGUAGCCUCGGUUGACUCACAGACAUUCCCUGCCUUUCCGUUUGACGCGACCUUCUCCAGAGUCGAUGGCAGUAGCGAAGAGACGGCCAGAUUUGGAUUCAUCCCUCCCAUCAGCUACGAUCCUUUCCCCGCGACAAUCGUGGACGUGCCCAUCGUCCCAUUCUCUCUCGACACCAAUGCUACGACUGACGCAUGCGAGCCGCUUGAGCCUGGAUCCAUGGACUUUUCAGGGAAGGUUGUCCUUGUCAGACGCGGGGCCGACUUGUUCUGCGACAUCCACACGCAGCAGAAGAAUCUAGCUCUUGUCGGUGGCACGCUUGUCCUAGUUUACAACGACGACCGCCCACUCAGCUACCCAGUCAUUGGGAACACGAACAGCACCGUCGGGUUCAUGACCAGCUCUGCAGGGAAGCAAAUCGUCGAAGCAGUCAAGGCUGGCCGCAACGUUACCGCAGACUUUUCUGUCAACCAUGGGCUUCCGGUCGCGCUGACCUAUUCCCUCGGCGGUGAUCCGAAUUACUUCACCAACAUCGGACCAUUGUACGACCUCCAGAUCAAGCCUGAUAUUGCUGCACCAGGAGGCAAGAUUUACAGUACAUGGAUCGACGACUCCUACACGAUUCAAAGCGGCACCUCCAUGGCUGCACCGUACAUUGCGGGGGUGGCUGCCCUUUACGUCUCCGUCUACGGCGGGCGCAAUACGCACCCCAGUGGCAAUGCCUGGGCCAAAGACCUCGGCAAGCGUAUCAUUUCCAGCGGUAUCAGCGUUCCUUGGGCUGAUGGUCUGACCGAGACCGACUACGGCCACUCUGCUAGUGUCGCUCAAGUCGGAAACGGCUUGGUCGAUGCUUUCAAAGUGCUCCAGUACAAGACUGUGAUCGACUACGAGAAGAUUGCGCUGAACGACACGCGUUACUUCAAUCGCUACCACGAGAUAUCCGUCACUAAUAACGACGAAAAGGCAGUGACGUACAAGUUUUCCGCGGACGACAUUGUCUCGGCCGACAUCCUUGGAUGGUACGCAGCUGACCGGGUUAUUGCUAACCCUGCUCCCGGAACCAAAAGAGUAAAGGAGUUCUUUGACAUGAUUCCCGAGACGCGCGCACCGGAAAUCAGCUUCCCUGCGGAUUUCACGUUGAAAACUGGAGAAAGCAAAACAGUCUCAGUGAACUUCAAGAACCCGGACACCCUUGGCUGGAAUGCAUCUGGACUGCCUCUGUACAGUGGUCGUGUCCUUAUCUCUGGCAGCAACGGAGAAUAUCUCUCAAUUCCAUAUCUUGGUCUUGGUGGCGACCUUCGUAAGGAGGUGACGCCAUUGGAAGAAACCAACUACGCUUUCAUGAUAUCAACGACUUCGAACACUCCAGUCGUUCAAAAGCCAUACUUCACUUUCAACCUUAGCCUCGAGGCUCAAGACUUCCCAAGGGUCAUCAGCAAGCCGAUUUAUGGCAUCAAGGAGACUCGCUGGGAUGUCUUUGAGGCGGGAUGGACGGAGCGACAGUGGAAGUAUCCCCCAGUACCCGGAGAGAACGGCCACAUCGGUACUAUCGCCUCCUGGGUAGGGUCCGGCAGGGUAGAGGCCAUCGACACCAGCAUCUACGACCCGGAUGAGACAUUUACGUAUCCAAUCAUGGACCGUAACCGCAACGGUGCUUACGAACAGGAUGAACACUGGUGGUUCGGAAAACUCGGCAACGGAAGCCAAAUUGCUGUCGGCAACUACACGCUUCGCUUUGCGCUGCUGAAGCCAUUUGGCGACCCAUCGCACGCGGAUAACUGGGAGGUCCUCAGUACACCUCAAAUCUCUGUAUUAUGAUAAUGCUGGGUUGUGGAUGGGCGUGUGGUCAUGUUUGGAGGAUAUGAAAACAAAGACUUUGGGAGAAGAAUUCAUGAUGUGGCAAUUGGAAUUGAUUGCAAGAUGAUAAUUUUUCACGUCGGCAAAACUGCCCCAAGAUCACAUGUACCUAUGUACUUGUGAAAGUUUACUACCCGAUUUCUUUUUCUAUCGGCGAGUCUUUCACAAGAUAUAUUCAAGGUCACUCAAACCUCUGACUCACAGGGGAAAUGAGCUCCAGCGACACUUUAUAGGACGCUCGCAUGUUACUCGAUUCUGAG